AUGGCGGAUCCCCUGGGCACCCUUGCAAAUGUGCUCGCGGUCCUCAAACUCGCUGCGGCUGCGACGCAAUACAUCAAGGAGGUGAAGAACGGCUCAUCGGAACGCUUGCGCCUCCGGGAUGAGCUCCGCAGCACCACCUGCCUGCUUGAGAUGCUCAAGGACAGGUUGGAGGAUGGGGAGAGCGCCGAAGACGGCGACGAAGCGUCCCUGAAACCUCCGUCGAUAAGCUCGCUCGCAGCCGAAGAUGGCCCCCUCGCGCUGUUCAAGAGGGUGCUAGAAGACAUCAUCGACAAGCUUGCGCCCAAGGACCGGCUCAGGAGGCUUGCCCAGCCUUUCACUUGGCCGUUCGACAAGAGGGACGUUGCUGAGCUCCUGGCAACUCUCGAGAGACUCAAGAGUCACUUCAACCUGAUCAUGCAAAAUGACCUUGUUGAGCUUGCUAAACUAUCUCACCUGAAGCUGGAUAAUAUCCAGCGGCAGAUCGAAACCGCCACGUCUCGAUCAUUGGACAAUGAGGCCGAGAAAAUCAUCCUUUGGAUCAGCCCGCUGUCAUACCGAGCCCGCCACCUCGACGUCCUCAAUACCGCACGGCCUGGCACUGGCACUUGGUUCCUUCAUCACCCUGUUUUUAACAAGUGGGUCAAUGGCGAGCUCAACGUGCUCUGGUGCCCAGGGAUACCUGGGGCUGGUAAGACGAUACUGGCUUGCCCGUCUAUUAUCAGCUCGCUUGUUAUCGACAAUCUGGAAAGCCACCACGGUUCUGCUACGUCUCUUUGCACCUAUGUGUAUUGCAGCUACGAGAAAAGGCGGGAGCAGACCCCAGUUGCUUUGCUCUCCAGCAUCCUCCAGCAGGUCCUUCAGCAGUCCAGGGCGUCCACCCUCCCGGAGGAGGUGCUUUCGCUAUAUCGGUUGCACAGCAAGCAUGGCACACGCCCCACACUUGCUCAGGUUACGGAAACCCUUCGUGCAGUGACUGCCAGCUUCACGGUGUUUCGUGUCAUUGUUGACGCCCUUGACGAAUGCGCAGAGUCGGACGAUGAUGCGCUCCGUUUCAUCUCGGCCGUACGUUCCUUGGGGCCCUCCGUCAGGCUUCUAUGCACCUCUCGCUUCUCGAGCGUGUUUGAGAGAUACUUUGCGGAAGCCGACAGCAUUGAAAUUUCCGCCCGAAGCGAGGAUAUCAGACUUUAUCUUGAUUCAGAAAUCCAGCAGCACUCCAGGCUUGCGAGACACAUCCACGACGAUCCGGCCCUCAAGCAGGACAUUAUCGACGCCAUCACCGGGGAAUUCCGCGGAAUGUUCUUAUUGGCAAAGCUUCACCUCGAAUCUCUGUCUACGAAGAUCAACCGGAAAGCAGUCCGACUUGCGCUCAAGACACUACCAGCGACCCUCGACGCGACUUACUCUGAGGCUGUGCAGCGCAUACACAAUCAGGCACCAGAUCUUGUCGAGGUCGCAAAGUCUGUCCUGUUUUGGGUGAUAUGUGCCAAACGGCCCCUCACAGUCCUGGAGCUGCGUCAAAUGUACGCCACCUUGGAGCUUCCCGAUCACACGCCUCUGGAGGACGAUGACUUGCCUGACGGCGAGCUACUGACAAGUACGUGUGGCGGUCUUCUCCUGGUGGACGGGGAGGCGCAAACUGUCCGCGUCGUUCACUACACUGCUCAGGAGUAUUUCGAACGAACCCACGUGCAAGAGCUUGAAGCAGCAAGACUAAGCCUGGCCAAUGCCAGUCUUGCUUAUAUCUCCUUGCCAAACUUCUCGGACGGUCCCUGUGCCACUGAUACAGCCAUGGCUCGACGACUUGAGCAGUUCCCGUUUUUGGACUAUGCUUCGAGGUACUGGGGUGUAGAUAUCGGGAGCUUCUCUAGCGCGACUAAUGACCCGGUGUGGGCUAAGCUGGACAGUUUCUUCUCGAAUCAGAGUGCUCACGAAGUCGCAUGGCAGGUGCAAAACCUGCCACGGGUCCGAAAUCAUGCGGGACGCCGCGCUUCGCUGGCCGCUUCGCGCAAAGGCAUGCUCCAGGUCAUCAGACGUCUUGAGGCAGACUACCGAACAGUUGCCGAGAGGCCGUUGCAACGACACACGAGAAUACGAGAGGAGGCAGAGGGUUCGAACUCGACGGUGAAUGGGGUUGCCGUCAGCGAGGAGCACCAGGAGCUCACGGACCCUGCCAGACCGGAAGAAGACGAUGCUCGGGACCUUCCAGAUUGGCUUACAGUCACGAAUGGUUUCUCGAAGCUGUUCGAAUUUGAAGCGACGAUUGGGAAGGGUCACUUUGCGGAAGUGUGCAAGUACCGCAACCGCGUUACGAAGGUGGCGGUCGCGGUCAAAAUAUUCAAAUACAGACCGGAUGCAAAGCUUCCGAGGAUGCCUUACUCAUUACGCAACGAAGUUGAGCUCCUACGGAAGAUGCAGGGAGAGCCUCAUCCUGCGAUUCUGAACCUGAUCGAGGUUUUUCUUGAUUUUACCCGACGGCAACUACUUGUGGUCACGGAGCUUGCCGACGCAGGGGACUUGUUCACGUUGGUGGUUUCGAAAGGAAAGCUGUCCGAGGAGGAAACCCGUAGAGUCUUCGCGCAGCUGUUCUCAGCGGUGGAGUUUCUGCAUGCUCGUGGCUGGGUGCACCGAGACAUCAAGCCUGAGAACAUACUGAUUUUUGACCAAGAGACUUUAUCCAUAAAGCUCGCCGAUUUUGGCCUCGCAAAGGAAUUACCCGUUGAUUCGAGCCGCUGGGCCUACAAUGCAACGUUGUGUGGCACACCAUCCUACGUCGCUCCGGAAGUCUUGGCCGAGUCCCAAACCCGCAAGUGCGGAACCCCUACAGACAUCUGGUCGUGUGGUGUCGUGCUUUAUAUCUGCCUUUGCGGGUUCCCCCCGUUCUCUGCUGAACUCAAAACGGAGGAUUUCCCAUACGAUUUGGGGGAACAGAUCAGGCGGGGUUUAUUUUUCUACCCAUCCCCAUAUUGGGAUCCCAUCAGCGAUCCCGCUCUGGAUCUCAUUGACAACCUGAUAGUCGUGGACAUGGCGCAGCGAUUCUCCGCCAGGCAGUGCCUAGAACACCCGUGGAUGACAAGUACAGGACAUUGA